GAAGAAAACAACAGUUUGAUCACUCUCUCACUGUCUUCUCUCUCUCGUUCAUUUCUUCUUCCCAAGUUCCUUGUCUUCUUCUUCUGAUGGCCGAAACCCUAGAACCCUUCGUCGUUGGGGAAAUCGAUACCUCGGCGCCAUUCGAGUCAGUGAGAGAAGCCGCAACUCGCUUUGGCGGGUUCGGUUUCUGGAAACCUUCUUCCCAUAACUUCCCCGAAGCUUAUUCUCAGAACGAUGUGGAUGAAACUAAUAUGGUGUCGAGAGCGAGUGAGUUAGAGAAGGAGCUGAUUGCGAAAGAAGGAGAAACUUUAAAGGUGUUGAAAUCGCUUGAGUCGACCAAAGCCAUCGUUGAAGAGCUCAAAUCAAAGCUACAGCGAAAAGAAGACAAAGAAAACUGCGACAUGAAUGUGUUAAAAGAACUUAACCAAGCAAAGACAGAUCUGUGCAAGACAACCGAAGAUCUUGCUGCUAUACGCGAGUCCGUUGAGAUACUGAACAAGAGACUGGAAGAGGAGCGAGCUGCACUCGACAAGACGCGAGAGAGACUAAACUCUGAGAAUGCAGCAGAAAUCUCCAAGGAGAUUCAAAGGUUAAGCUACGAGGCUAAGGAGUUUAGUAAAACAGGAGAGGAUGCUCGUUCAGCGGUUGAUAAAGCUGUGGCUGAGAUCGAGCAAACGAGAAACAAGAUCAAAACUGCUGAGAUGCGUUUGGUCGCUGCCAGGAAGAUGAAGGAAGCUGCUAGAGCUGCUGAAGCAGUUGCAAUCGCUGAAAUCAAGGCUGUUACCGGGAGAAAAAGAAGAAGAAGAAGAAGAGGACAUGGUCAAGAGACGUUGCAGGAGGAGAUUCUUGAGAGGAUAGAAGAAACGGCACAAGAGAUUAGAAGCAGCAGGAGGACGCUCGAGGAAGGUCUAGAGAAAGUGAAUAAUGGGAAAAUGGAAGCAGAAGAAGAGACCCUCCACGGGAAAUGGCAGUGGUCAGAACAUAGGAGGAGAUCAUCAUCAUCAUCAUCAUACACGGCCAAGUACAAGAACAGGAGAGAGACACUUCUGAUAGAUGUGAAUGGUCUGAAUCUGAUGAUGAAUGGAGACGGGACAUCAUCAUCAGUUGCUGUCAUGAAACCAACGAUGUCGAUUGGGCAAAUACUCAGCAGGAAACUACUUCUUGCGGAUGAGUCAGCGAUGAUGAUGAGCGGGAGAGUGUCGUUGGGUCAGAUUCUUGGAAAGACUAACAAUGGAAGUGGUGAAAGGAAGGAAAAAGAAAGAAAGUUGAAUGGGAAGAGGAAGAGGUUCGGAUUGGCCAAAUUGUCUGUGAUGUUGAACAAAGAGAGCAAGAAUAAGAAGAAGAAGAUUGCUUUGAACUUAAAAUGAUUAGUGAGUGAGUGACUGAAAUUGAAACUGGUCUAUCUUACUUAGGAGUUGUUAGGUGUUUGUGCUGUACUGUCUUAUUAUGUUAAGGAGCUGAGUUUCCCAUUUGUUAUCGAUAUGUAUUGGUUAUGCUAUUAGUAAAAUUUGGU